GCGAUGCUAAUCUCUCUUCUAGCGUUUAUUGUUUCUCUAUGGGUUGGAUGUUCGUGGGCAUCUCCGGCAGACACAAACACUUCCUGAAACACAGCGGUCACAUCAAGACUGCGCUGUCCUAGAGAUUUAAUGGAAAAACAGUUUUAACUGCGUUUGAAUGGGAAAUGGUCCGCGUGUUUGUGUUCUCUCCGCGGCGGAGUGGACUGACCUCUGGUGACCCUCACACCUGUCCAUCAAGAUCGUCAAUCUGCACCUAAAGUCAUGGACAAUUCAAACGACAGCAAGAAGGCGGAGCCCAGAGUCAAUGAGAAGAAAUGCUCAUGGGCGUCAUACAUGACUAACUCCCCUACUGUCAUUGUAUUGAUCGGCCUUCCUGCCAGAGGAAAGACAUACAUAUCUAAGAAGCUGACGCGAUACCUCAACUGGAUUGGGGUUCCCACGAAAGUUUUUAACCUGGGUGUUUAUCGACGUGAGGCGGUGCAGUCGUACAAGUCUUACGACUUCUUCCGUCACGACAAUGAAAAGGCCAUGAAAAUCAGGAGACAGUGUGCCAUCGUGGCUCUACAGGAUGUGAAAUCUUAUCUGAGUGAGGAGGGAGGGCAGAUCGCGGUCUUUGAUGCCACAAACACAACCAGAGAGAGAAGGAGCCUCAUCCUGAGUUUUGCGAAGGAAAACUCAUAUAAGGUGUUUUUUGUUGAGUCGCUUUGUGACGACCCAGAAGUCAUUGCUGCCAACAUACUGGACGUGAAGGUUUCCAGCCCUGAUUAUCCUGAGAGAGGCCGCGAGAGCGUGAUGGAGGAUUUCCUGAAGAGAAUCGAGUGCUAUAAAGUCACAUAUCAGCCGUUAGACCCAGACGACCAUGACAAGGACCUGUCCUUCAUCCAGGUGAUCAACGUGGGCCAGCGUUUCCUGGUGAACCACGUUCAGGAUUACAUCCAGAGCAAGAUAGUCUACUACCUCAUGAAUAUUCACGUUCAGAAGCACUCCAUCUACCUGUGCCGCCACGGCGAGAGCCAGCACAACGUCCAGGGCUGCAUCGGAGGAGAUUCAGAGCUCUCCAGCAGAGGAAAACAGUUUUCUGAAGCCCUGCGUGGGUUCCUGGAAAACCAGAAGAUCCCAGACCUGAAGGUGUGGACCAGUCAGCUCAGACGCACCAUCCAGACGGCCGAGGAGCUGGGUGUCCCGUACGAGCAGUGGAAAAUACUCAACGAGAUUGAUGCCGGCAUCUGUGAGGAAAUGACAUAUGAAAAGAUUAGAGAAACAUACCCGGAUGAAUAUUUUCUCAGAGACCAGGACAAAUACCAUUACAGAUACCCAGGAGGAGAGUCCUAUCAGGAUCUGGUGCAGCGGCUAGAGCCAGUAAUCAUGGAGCUGGAGAGACAAGGCAACGUGCUGGUCAUCUGCCACCAGGCUGUCAUGCGCUGCCUCCUUGCUUACUUCCUGGACAAGAGCGCUGACGAUUUGCCGUAUCUGAAGUGCCCCCUCCAUGUGGUCCUGAAACUCACCCCAGUGGCUUAUGGCUGUAAAGUCGACAUAUUUGACCAGAAAGUAGAAGCUGUGAACACACACCGGGACAGACCACUCGGAAGCUCCAGACAGGAAGUGCCGCCCACUCUGCUGAGGAGGAACAGCUUUACACCACUGUCUAGUCAGGAUCAGGUCAAGCGGCCCCGCCUCUUCAGUGUCGGCAACCCACCCCGCUUAGCAAGCGUUCCUGCCUUAUCAACCUCGCGAUUCCCUGAGGCGCAGGAGAGCGAGGAGCUGAGCGAGAGCCCGGAAACACUGAACUGCUUCACCCCGUCAGACUCGAAAGACGCCAUCCAAGAGUGACGCCCGUCACAGAUUAAACGCCUUCUCCAGACAUGAUUCAGCUCUUGACACCCGCUCAAAAUCAGCACAUGUGAACGCUGCUUUAUGUAACGUUAACAGCACCGGCGACGCCUCUCUCCGCUCUCCUCAACCCUCAUCCGUCCACAAGCGCUUGGAAGUACGGUAAAAUCACAACACGCAACAAUUACUGCAAGGAAGAUUCACUCACACUGUUGAGCAGAUUGACUGCUCGUGGGACCAAUUAGAGCGCAGAUUAACUGAUUGAGUGGGCGUGGUUUGUGCCAGUUAAGCUGAUUAGAAUAUUUAAAGACACAGCGCACUGAAGUAAGAAAGAAGGGAACAUUCAAGCACUUGUUUUGAUUGUUGUUACAUCUGUUUUGUGCUAUUUUCUUCAUAGUACUGAUUGACUCAGGCCAAACUUGAUUAGAUAUUGUGUAAAUAAUUGUAUAAUUAUGAUUUUAGCUGUUAAUUGUCUGUGGUGUUCUUGCUGUCGUUAUUUUCUCGUGUAUUUACAUUCUGCUUUCUGGUUUUGAUUGUUGUGCAGAAUGUCAUAUUGAAUUUAAUGAAUGUCUUGCGGUCGUAUGAUGUCAUAGGUCAUGUGACAGAGGAAAGGUUUGUGAAAUUUAUGUUAUGCUGUUUUUUUUCUCCUGACAAACUUUCAAAAUUUUGGACAGGAACAUCAGGGUAGUUCUUAUAAAUAACUCUUUUAUUUAUAAAAGAUAACUCUAUUAUAACUCGAUUCAGUCUUUAACGGAUGUAUCCUUUCAUUGUUUCCUCCUUAAAACAUACGCACAGAAUCAUUAAUUAUAGAGGUAUCUUGUCAGUGGUUUUUCAAUGGAUCUGCAAGAGCGUUUAAUACUACUGAGAAUAUUGAAACUCAUACUGUCAUUUAGAUUAUCUUUCAUUAUAAAAUGUUAUUUAUACAUGCUUUUAUCUUGCAUCAGAUCUGGAAGGGUGUUCUUAAAGGGUAUUUUAAAUUGUUUUGUAAUCAUUUGAGUUCAAGUUAUCAGAUUUUUACAUUUCUGAUUUUAAUACGCACAAAGUAUGUUGAAUGUUAUGAAUAUGAUGGCCUAUUAAGAACAUGUUCCUAUCAAUCAGAGGCUGCAUUGCUGUUGCUUCUUGCAGCUUGUUGUUCUGUUUGAAUGUAAAUGAGUGUGAUUGCAUGAUUGGAUAUGAUUAGAUCUGUAAGUGCCUUUGCUUUGCAACCAAAGUGUAACCAAAUCAAAGCCUAAAAAAUACAACA